GCAUCCCUUUGAACAGAUUGAGACACUAAUAGUACCUGAUGACUCAUAAGGUCACUAGCACCUAAUAUAUCAUCAUAUGACUAAUGACUUGUUUAUCUUUUUUGUGCAUGUUAGUGAAGGCGUUCAACAGACAUGGUGUUGGUGCUGAAUGCUGAAGGUCAGUGAAUUCAUUUGGUCAUGAACUUCCACUAACAUGUAUCAUGGUGAUGUUUGCUGAAUUUGAUCCACAUAUUAGUUCUUUAUUAUUUGAUCUUUAAUUUGAAUGGACUGCCAGGCAUAUGUCUUGAUACAAUGCUUUCAAUUGUUAAGUGGUAGGGCCAGAUGAAUUGCAGCAUAGAAAAAAAAAUGUCUUGAAUCUAUCUUAAUCUUCAAAUUAGUUGGGAGGCAAACCAUGUGAUUGUUUAUGAAAUGUGUCUUUCUGGGGACCACAUUGCAAUUUCCACCCAGCUCAAUUGAGUGUAUGGUGAAAGUUUUAGACUUGUAUAUAUAUGUGACUGUUUGUAACUAGCAAGGAUAGCAAUCCAGUGCCAUUUUUUUUUUUUAUUUCCAAAUUUCCAAAUUCAAACAAUCUAAUCUUGAUCAAGAGUUUGAUAAUGGGUAUUCGAUUGCCAAGGAUUGUGAAUGCUAAGCAAAUUGUAAGGCGGAUUCUCCUCUCACAGCAGGAAAGCUCUGCUGAUGUUCCUAAAGGUCACUUUGCUGUCUAUGUUGGAGAAACUCAAAAGAAGAGAUUCACUGUUCCAAUAUCGUACUUGAAAAAUCCUUCCUUUCAGAACUUGCUGAGUCAAGCUGAAGAAGAGUUUGGAUUCAAUCAUCCUAUAGGUGGUCUCACAAUCCCAUGCAGUGAACAAGUCUUCAUUGAUCUCAUUUUCAGUUUGUAGACAUCUUCAGAGAUGAUCAAUUCUGCAGGGCUAGUUUCCUCUAAUUUACUAACCUAUGUUCCAAUUUUGGAUUGAGAAAUGAAAGUAAAUAUAUUCCGUUCUUUUAUUGCUAACAUCAUGUCUAUAUCAUAGUUUUGCAAAGUCAAUUUGAAGCCAAAAUAUCUUCAGCUUGUUUCUA